AUGAACAAUGCAGCAUUGAGACAAAUGAGUUCAAGAUGGAUUUGUCGGGUUCAGCAUGUGAAACUGAAUGAUAUUAUUAAAGGAACCAUCCCACCUCCACAACAACAACCAGUUGAAAACAAACCAAACUAA